UUGCGAAGCCUUCCAUCAGUCGAGGUGCAGAUUUGUCCGUGUCCUGUUCGGUGCGUCGUUCGCUCUAGGAUCCGUCGAGGAACGGUUCCCAUCGUUUGUGGAAAUUUCUUGGUCCAUUGGAACCGAGAAAUCGGCGGGUGAAAGUGCGUAACGGGGUGAAGGAUUGGUGGCAAGUGUAAAUAAUUGCCAAUUAAGAAAAAGAAAAACGAUGGAGCCAAAUAAUUGGAAAUGGAAAGAUCGAUGGGGACGCGUGGUGAUUGUCUGCGAUGCCUAGAAACUCGGUUAGUGGGAAAGUAGUGAUUCUCCGUGGCCUACUAAGGCAGAGGGAAUUCUCAUGUUCAGCAUCAGCGUCAUCAUCGGUGGGUUCGGGCUCGGGUGCUUCAUCGAGUGAGAGCAGAAGAGAUUUCAACCAACGAGAAAAGGUGAAACGGUCAGAGAGGAAAAAUCUUCUCCUGUUUCUGUUGGUGGACUAUUCGGUCCAGUGAAUGCUGUGCGGUGAUUGUGAUUGUUUGACGGAUACAACAUCUAACGCCUGUCGAGUAAGGGUGAUUUGGUUUAUGAGUGUUCUCCCGCAUCUUCAUUGCUAGCAUGUGAAACUGUCUAUCCUGUGUGACCUGUGAUUCAGAUUUCGAUCGAGAAUUUAUUGCUCCCGCUGGGGCCAUCAUAGUGAAGAGGAAAGAGCUUGCUGUUCGAAGUGCGAGAAGUGUUUGGAAUCGAUUGUGUAAAACCGGAUGCAUAUUAUACAACACUUCAGUGACAGCUGUUAUGAUUGUUUAAUGAAUUAUAGAUUGGAAGCACGAAAUUUGCAUUAAUUGAAACACCGCAGAGUCGGCUGGGGCGAUUGACGCAAACCAUAAUUACGGAGUACGUACCGUUUCGACUGGUUCGAUUACCCUCUAAAGAUAUCGAAAGUGGCUCGGAGAGGAGUUUUGUAAUCAGCGUAGCUUAAAUAGUGAAGCUAGGUUUUUAAGGUGUUCCACAAAGUAGUGAAGUAAAAGAAUUUAGUGUAUUUCCAACGUAGUUGCUGCAUUAGAGAUCAAUGUUACACUGUUAAACAAAAGAAUAAAAUAAUCAUUCGUUACUAUUAUACUAGUAAAAGCUGUUCCAGUUAAUAGUUUUCUACAGUAGCAUUUAGUAUCAUCCCAGUAUGUUGCAAUCAAAAUAAAGGUUCUAAAAAAAGAAUAUAAUAAUUUCACUGCCACUUCGCAAAACGACCGAAGAGUGUCGUUUGAAAAGUGUUCAGCUAAAGUAAUAUCAGCUAGUACCAGCUUCCCUCCGCGAGAUGAAACAACAGCGUCGCGCGAUUAAAGGACCUUUUAAUAUUGGUUUCAAUUCAACCGUUCACUUCGGUUAAAUCAGCACACGACCGGCCUAGCGAGCCCUGGAUUCCUGCUACGUUUAACCCAUAAAGGACCAGCGAUUGUCCUCUGGCAUUGAGCCAUAAGCGCAAAGGAGGAGCUACCCCUCUCGGCACAGCCACUCUGGUAUCGUCCUGGGCCUGCUGAUAUUCGUCAACGAGAGAAGACCAGAUGAGAAAGCAUAGCCAGCGUUUGUUCUUCACCCCACCCCUCCGUCGUUAACCACAGCAGCAACGAAGCGGAGUAUCACGCCACAGCAGCGGCCGCAGCGUCGUCCACACCGAGCAGCAGCAGCGUCAACUUAAGCAGCGGUGAGGAAUGACGUUUAAAACUUUACAAUGCUUUAAGUAAUAACAUUGACAGUUAAUCCUUGUCUCUCUGAAGGUUCGUCCUCCAGUCGGCCAGCCACGACAGAAUCAGCGACAUCAGCAGAAGCAGUUGCGUCAGCCGAUUCAUCCGGUCCCGCCGGGCUGCUACUGGCAGCAUCCAGCCCUCCCGCUGCUAUCACGAGUCGCUGUCACAGUAUUUACAUCAGUAGGACCACAGUGACAUUUCGGAAGCGCUCCCGGCGUAUGAGCAGCUUCCAUCGGCAUCGCCAUAAAAAGCAAACAGCCACCACCGCUGCCACUAACAGGGAACAAAAGCGUCGUCCUUCCGCCACCGUUGAUCCCAUCGAGAACACCAGAGGCAGUGACAUAAACGCAAACACAAUGCACAAAGGUAGUACUAAUACGGAAAGUGUAGCAAUCCACUUCCGGUGUUCCUUCUCCUACGCCUCGGAUAGCCAGCAAGACCUGGAAAGUGAUGACGGUGGUAGUAAUAGCGAUAGUAGUAGCAGUAGUAGCCAACAGCUCCACGGGCUUCCAGCUCAUCGCAGCCAUCCACGGCAGCGGAAUCCACUUGUAGUAAACACUGCCACAGCAUCCAUCGACACUAGGUGGAAGUAUUGUUGCGACUGGAGUCAUGCGUUUGACAACCACCGAACCAACAGAGGCUGGAGGGAGUUUGUUCCAGUUCCAACGACGACUGUGGGGGCUGCUCUGCUAGUGCUACUGCUGCUCACGUGCCGUAUGGCAACAACUACGUCAGUCCUGGCAGUUGCAGCGAAAUCAGGUCAACCACUAAGCAACGGAGCAGGGCUGCCUGUUGGAUCCAGCAGCCCUGUUGCGAUGGCGGCGGCCCAGAAACAGCGCCAUCAGUGUGCCGUAUCGGAGCACACGUGCAACAACGGACGCUGUGUGCCGCUGAACAAAUAUUGUAACAAUGUAAACGACUGCGGGGAUGGAAGCGAUGAACCGCGAUUUUGCACAAGAUGCAAUCGAACUUAUUACGGCAACAUUGGACUGACAUACGACUUGGAACUCCAUCGACCAAAAGAGGAUCGUAUUCCUUACGUGUGCAUUUUGACGUUCACUGCUGCUGGUGGAAAUCAUGGAGAUAUUGUGCAGGUCACACUCGAGAGUUUCACUUUAGGUAAGUUCGUUUCCUAUACGGACAAUGGAUGCCCGGAUGGAUACCUCCAAGUGGCAGAAGCAGCACGAACUCCGGUCGGUGGAAUGUGGUGCGGGACGACUUGGGGACCAGCGAUCUUCUACAGUGAAACCCGGUCACUCAUAAUGACCGUUAAAUUGCUCAGACUAUCGCGAGAUCAAAGCGGAUACAAUUUUGACUUCCGGAUACAGUACAAAGUGCUAUCGCGAGACAGCGCCGUCGUCCGGUACGGUGGCAUCAAGCACGAACACAUUCCGCCCUGGACCAACGUUACCUACAUCCCCAAUUAUCCGAUAAUUGACGAUUUCACCAACUCGACGGCUCACUCUGAGCAGCAGUAUGGCAGCUACGAUACCACAGGCAGCAGCGGCCAGCGCCAGCGUGGAAUGGUCGAGCUUAGCUUCGAUAAUUCAACCGGAAGAGGUUCGUCCUCCUACUCGUCUUCAUCGUACGGCCCGAGUCGCAGCAGUUCCAGUGGCGGUCUGUUCGGCCAGAAUCGAGAACGACCGUAUUCAAUUAGGAAUCUUACUUCACUGGCAUUCCCACCGAUGAAUGCCGGCCACGAGAACUACACCGAACCCAAGUAUUACCUAGGUGACCUGAUGCCUGGAACGUACUGCUCCCGGAUAUUCACCAACUGUGAUAAGAAAGCCUGCCGGCUGCAGUCGCCCAAUUUUCCGGGCGUCUAUCCGAGGAAUUUGACCUGCUACUUUGCGGUGCGACAGCACGAUGUCCCACCUGGAAAGCAUGCCUUCAUCGUCAUUAGCCAGCCGAAAGGCAACCUGGUAUGGAUUUCCAACGAUGCCUCGGCCGUCAGUUCACCGGCCAGCGGCGGCGGAAUAGGAGGUGGCGGUAGCAGCACGAACAGCGAUAAGGAAAAGUACAAACCUCGGCUGCACACCUGGAACGAGUGCGACAGUGUGCAGGACAGUACGAAUCCCAAGUGGAAAUCGACGGACUACAUCACCGUGUACGAUGGCUAUACCACCCGCGAUCCCGUCAUCCUGAAGCUGUGUGGUGGCGGUGAAGCCAUUCCACCGUCAAUCUCCAGCGGGCCGGAACUGCUGGUAGAAUUCACGACAUCCCCGUACGGCACCUUCAGCAGUCCGGAGACCAGACGACACUCGCUACACGGAUUCCAGCUAGAGGUCUCGGUGAAGUUCGUCGACCUCCAGAGUCCAACGUACGCGAAAAGCAAACGCAUCUGCGAAUUCUGGCUACGAGGUACCGGUCACGGGGUCCUGCAGAAUCCCCAGCACUCGUUAGCCCCGAACACCACCUGUCUCUAUCACUUGCAAGGUACUGAGGCACGCUCUCUGGAUGCCAUCAACAUUCCGCGUCGCUCGGGUGCUCUUUCGACAUCGCCGACUCGGUUCAAAGUGUGGAUUUCGGUAAUGAAGUUCGAGCUACAGCCUGAGUUCGGCGCAACGGACGAACAGCUGCUGCAGUACCAGACGAAGGAAGACUGCAGCGGAAUGCUGCGCAUUUGGGAUGGCCCUUUGAGAGAAGUUCCCAUUUGUAAGGAUAUUGACUGCGUGACAAUCGAUAAGGAUGGAUAUCAACGACCCACGAUCCGCUUUGGCCAAAACAGUACAAAUGUGAUAGCACGAUUCUGUCGUGGAUCGGUGUCUCGCUCUUGUGAUCAUGGGAUGCUAAACAUGACCAGUUCCCGGCCGUGUGCACUGACAGAAAGUUUCGUCUCCAGCAGUGAUUUCGUAACACUUGAGCUGAAAACGACUGAGUCUACUGUGCUGCGACCGCUACAGUUCUCGUUGCGGUACGAGUUCGUGGAUUUUCUGCAGGACGGUCAACCGAUCGGUAAGGAAAGUGAUUGCAAUCGACGUUUUCUAAGCAGUCAGCUGGACAAAAAGGGCCCCCACCCGGUGCGAAGUGUGCGUAACAUCUUUCUUUUCGGACGGGGUGGAGCAAAACAGUUGCAUUGUGUAUAUCGGUUUGAAGCCCAACGAGGAGAACGAGUGCGAGUGGAAGUGGUGCGCGCCAUGACGGGUAAUCGAACCUGCGACUCACGCGUUGAUCCGGAUAUUAGACGAUCCUACUGUUUUGGCAACCACAGUGCCCGGAUAGAAAUCUUCGAACGGCCAUGGCACGAAUCAAUUUUGUUCCCCAGGGGCUGUAUUUGCAAUUCCACGAAUAAAUCGUUCCUGCCUAUUGUGUUCACCACUACAGGACGGGAAGUGGAGAUUCAUUUCAUCGCUGAAAACAUGACCAGCGCCGAUGAUCCGGAUUCGUUGAACUUCGAGGCAACAUUCGAAUUUGUCAAGGGACCAAUGAUGUGUAAGGACGUCAGAAGAAAAAAUGCGAUUACGGGUUCGGUGAGUCUGUCUGGUGGAGAGAUGGAAUGCCGUAACCGACCGUGGCUGAUCGAACCUUCUCACGACAAGUAUCUUUACAUUCGUUUGAAAGGAUUAUUCCUGCGUAGAAACAAUCCAGCCGCUCCGAUGCGGUACAACGCUAGUCUUAGUACGGUAACACCGAUCCGCUGCAACACGAAAGCGCGUGUUGUAAUUACCAACGGUGAGGGAGUCUCCGUAACCGCAUGUCCUCUACCGGACGAUACGUCUCACCGCCACACGGUGGAAGUCUUUAGUGCUGGCUGGACUCGAAAACAUCCCAACUUCGAACUGGAACCAUCGAAAGUAAUUUCUGUAGAGUUUCUCCAGCCAGAUCAUGGCGAGUACUCUUUCAGUUGGCUUGAGUUGUCCAAGCGACCAUCGGCGAGCUACGCCAUUGCAGCUGAAGACUGUCCAUACCAAUGUCCAGAUCUGAACGCUUGCGUCAAUGCUUCCAUUUGGUGCGACGGAAUUGAACAGUGUCCCUCGGGUGAAGACGAAUCGUUCACCAACUGUUCAGCUUUUCUGCGACUACCCGCCGAAGUUCUAGCUGGCUUCAGUGUAUUUUUGUUACUGAUCUGUCUUGGAUUGACCGCAUAUUUGUAUCGAAAAAUCAAACGAAACUGCCGGCGGACAUCUGUGCUACAAACGCGCCUCAAAUCGCUCAGUUCUAUGGAUACGGCGGUGUUCGAUGAGAAGGAGGUGAUUUGCUGACAAAACGACAAUUCUGUACGGUACGUGGAGAUCGACCGGGUCACCACGGUCUGACCACGUAUCGUACAGAAUUGUCUACCGCUUUUACGACUGAUGAGCGCAACUUCGUUCACACCUACUUCAAAUCACUCUGUACUCUGUUUUACCAUUCGCAUAAUCAGUAAGUUUUAGAACAGAAGAGAAAGAACGAAAGACGGAGAAAGUACAUUAGUGGACUGCAAUUAUUUGAACGAAGCAUUCCAGCAGCAAUAGGGUCGCAAAAUCAUACGAAUAGAUUUCAGAACGUGUUGUUAAGACCGCAGGUACAUUAGAGCGAACGGAGGAGACUAAACUGUCAUUUUUGUACUACGUUUUAGUAAUACUUAAAGAAAAUCUAAUAUUUCAAAAACACUAAAAAAUUAAAAACCUAGUGCGUGUUUGAAAAAAAAUCAGCUGGAAACUAGAAAAGACGGCAAACUCCUACAAACAAUCCUAUCAAAUUUCAACAUGAAAGGGACUAACCACCCUAUCUAAGUUCAAAACUGCGGAACUUAUACUAAAAAAUAAGUAGAAGCAAAAUCAUCCAAAACCAAUGUUUUCUGGGAAAAUUUUAUGAUAGACAAAACUUUAGACACUUCUCGAAGUUGCAUGCAAGCGAUGAGCUUUUAGGACUACCACUAAUCUACUAGAGAGCGUGAGCCAGAUGAGUGAAAGAGAUAAACAGUGACCUCAUUUCUGGAGGUUCCAAUCUCUACAUUCGCUGCGGUACAGCAAAGGCGUGUAUUGAAUCUACCGAAAUCAAAAGUUAAAUCUUAAAUGAACUACCAAAACAGAGUUGGUUGAAUAAAAUAUAAUUUUUUAGAAAAUAAACUAGUAUUUACUACAUAUAUCCAUUGAAAACGAGCGGUGAGAGAAAACCUAGAGAAUUUUAAUCAUUCAGAUAAAUGAAAUUAUAGUACAUUUUGAAACCAUGUGAAAAACAAAACUUACGGACAAGCUUAGGAAGUUCAGGAUUGUUGAAUUGUUACUUAUAUCGGUUUUAUAUAAAUGGACCAAUGACUUAUUAAACAAGGAGACGUUGUAAGGAAAAGUGUACCCGAGCUUGGUUAGAGCUAUCGGUCGAACUACACUAAAGAAGAAAAAACCAAAAUACUAAACGAAAUAAGAUUGAGCCAAGUUUUCCAAGACUACCAAAUGAGAAAGAUUAUAGCACUAGCGAGUUAAUAGGAUAUAAUGUAAAUCGAAAAAAAAAAUGUUAGAAGAUACUACAAUCACUCGCAAUCAAUACUACUCGAAGAACUAAAUUUGUUUUUAUAUGAGAAAAAUAUUUCGAUUAGUUUUACGCGGUAUCAUUUCUCUCGCCCAUUUUAAUAUCGCCCAAUGUCUGCAUUAAUCAAACCCAACUCGGAUCUGUGACGAACGUCACUAUCUACUACUGCCAGAUGUCGCCGGCUUCGCUGCAUCGUAAUUAAGAAACAAGGCGAACCAAAAAGAAAACGAAAACUUACAAAUAUCGGCAAAAAGAGGGGUCACGUGUUCCAUGGCGGCCAUUCUAAACAUACGUUGGUUUGGUAGCCUCAAUCCAUAACAUAAAAUCAUCCCUUUUUUGAGUUACCAGCAGUCAGUACAAAUAUUUUCUUCAAGGAAAAGCCAGUCUAUUUGCCUUCUUCUAUAUUGCAGCAUAUUCAAUGGAGAAUUGAAAUUGCAAAAAAGAUUUUCAAUAGUAUUCAAGAAUGACCGGACUCUAAAAGGAAAGUAAUACCACAUGGCUAGCCACCAUCUGUAUGCCUGUUGUUUCAAUUCGUGUUUACUCAAAUAAUCAUUUAGUUAGUUUACUAGAUCUUCUCCAUUGAAUCAAGUUAGGCAACCUUAGGUUUAACAUUCAAGUCAUCGAAUUACUUGUUCCACUCGGGUCACACGCUGUAGUGAGCCGCUCGUAACAUAGAGUACUGACAACGGUUGCUCGCAUCCAAGUCAAAUCAACCCACGACAGACCUUUUCAUUACAUGACACGUGAACCUCUUGAUGCAAAUUUCUGUGCGAUUUCAUUGGACUUAACAUAGCCAAUUGUAACUGCCGCUGGAACUAUAGCCAGCAAAAUGUAACCGGGUGUUAAAAAAAAACGGUGCGAUUCUCCCAACGUUGACGAUCGGUUCCAAAAUCAGACGUAUUUAUUCACGCAGUGUUCGAGUCUCGAAAUUGAAACUGCCACACUUUGUUUAGUUGAUAAAGUUUAAACUAAGUAGUUCGAAACAGUACGCAAAACGCGCAAUUAUAAUCAAUGGUAGAGCGUCUAUUCGUCAGGCCAGUUGAUACCCAGUUCAAAAACGAAACCAAAGUUGUAUUCAGACACUUGUUAAAAUAAAAUGGUUCAGAUUUAGUUAGCAUGGGCCAUCACCUUUUCUCGAACGAGAGAAGAAAUGCUCCCCUGCGUGGUAAAGGAAAGAACGGACAAUGUACAUAAGAAUAAGAAAUUUAUCAAAUAACCGAAUCCUGUUAUGUUUCCAUCCAACACAAAAAAGUAUGUCUACAAGGCUUGAAUUACAUACUCUUAUUUUCUUCGCCAGCUAGAAGCUGAACAGAUCAAAGAAAACUAAUCAAAAGUCGCUAUUUACCCAAAGCAGCCAGCAAAGCAGGACGACAAAGUAUCAAGAAAGAAGAGACUAUGACAAUAAACGAUUGCUAGGGAAAGAAAAGCAAGGACAGGAAAAGCACAGAGAGACAUUUAUAUAUUUAAAUUUGCACGCCGGCCUGCCAAGGAAUUUCGCAUCUCGAACUAUUUUACGCCAUCAAAUUUGCUAUAAUCAGCCUAGCUCUGUCGUAUUUUGCAUUCCUCUGAGAAAAGGCGGAGUAAAAACAGUAUGGAUAGUUGUUUGCCCAGUUAAACGCGUUAGAUCGUGGUAACUUUAAAUAGUUUACUUAUGAAUCGGCUGUUUCGGUGCUCUGCGAUCUCCGAUUACCGGCUAUAUAGGUUUGUUAAACUAGAAAACUGAAAUGGAGAAUGCCGGAAAACAUCUGCUGUAAUGGUGGAUGAUGAAGUACUAAUAAAAAGUAAUAAUAGUAGAGGGAGAAAAAAGCCAGGAAAAGAUUAAGAUGUUGAUCUGCAGCAAAGCGAUUGAAAAUUGAAAACUGAAAUUUAUUAGAAAAGAUACCAAAAUAUUAUUGAACAAAUUUUGACAGUAAUUAAAAACUAAUGAAAUAAAGAAAAAAUAAAAUCAUCCAUAUCAUUGAAUUCGAGAGAAACAA